AUACUUGUAAGGAAAGGUCGAGGCGCUAUAAAGAAAGAGAGAUCAGCUUGUAGAGUUACAUAAUAAUAUGAAAAGAGAUUUUUAGAUUAUGUGCAUCGGCCAAACAUUGCUAGAGAAGUAGCUUGUAAAAAUGAUGACGCUGAUAACUCAUGAAGAGUUACUGACAGUUUCACAAAGACAAGUGAUGGACAAACCUCCAUAUAAUGGCAAUAUGCUGAUAGUCUUGUGGAAUAUUCAGAAAGAGAAACACUAGUAUAUUUUUUUAAAACUGUUUUAGAGACUGCGGAUAUUUCUCCUACCCUUGCAAUGAAGCUGUAGUGGCUGAUAGAUGGAAAGCAGAACAACAUGAAGUGAGAUUUUGUCAGUGAGAUACCCACUCUAAAUCUUUUGAGAAGCAUGUCUUCUAUCCGAUGGAAGUCUCAAACCAGAAACAGCAGGAAGAUGAAGGCCAUAAAGUCCAAGAGAAACUCCAUUAAAAAAGUGAAGAACACGAAUGCUUACGCAGAUCAACCUUCACAGCAGUACCCUGAUUCAACAGUUAUGAUUAGUGAUAAUAAAAUGGCUGAACUUCAAAAUCCUGUUGAAAAUGGUGGAAGAGCAGGUUCAAAGGAAAUAUUAGCAAAUGCACUCUAUGACUUCAAUGCAAAGUUUGAAAAUGAACUAAGCUUCCAAAAAGGAGAAAAGUUAUUACUUCUGAAAAGAGAUGGAGAAUGGUGGUUUGCUGAAUCCACAACAAAUGGUUCCCAAGGCUUGAUUCCUAGCAAUUAUGUUCAAGAGAUGAUCUCUGUGGAAAAUGAAGACUGGUUCUUCAAAGUCAGUCGUUCAGAAGCUGAAAAGCUACUUUUAUCAUCUGACAAUGAAAAGGGUGCCUUCUUGGUUAGACAGAGUGAAACAAGAACAGGAAACUACUCUCUAUCUGUAAGAAAUUGGUCCAGACAAAAGGGCAAUCAUGUGUCCCAUUACAUGAUUCAUCGUGAGGAGAACCUGGAUAAGUAUUACAUUUCACCUUGUGUCAGCUUUGACACCUUACAGGAGCUGGUCAGCUUCUAUAACAUACCACAGGAAGGAGUUCAAGACUUAAUGCUGGCGAUACAUUAUGUAAAAUCAGUUCAAGCAGAAUUCGGUAAAGGAAUAUUUAAAUUAACCAUUCCAUGUUGCCAAACAGGACAUCAGAUGUCAGUCAGUGAUUAUGCUUUGAAGACUCCUCAAGCAUAUAUACAGGCGGACAGCAGAAAUGAGAAUAAGACUGGAGAUCAGUGUGCGACAAAAAAAGAUGAUAUUGAUAACCAAAGUAAAGAGCAGGUGAAUAUGCCAGGCACACCACCUUCUAGAAGAACUACAGAGAAUCAGCAACUAGCAUAUGCUGUCAUAAAUGAUGAAUAUGUCAAGACCCCAGAUGGACAAACUCAAAUGCUGGGACAAGAACAAAAUUUGUCACACAUCCUUGAAAAGGUUGAGAACCAUCUGUCUAGCAUUGCCAUUACAAUGCCAAGAAUCUGCAACAUCCUUCAGCAAAUAAGUACAACAAUGACAAUUCUUUUGGACCAAACACUUAAGCAAGAAGGCCCUACAAAGACUGAUGCCAGUGUACAAGUUGACCAUACAGAACUAUCACACAAAGGAAAAAGAUACACCACAGCUGUUUCCAAAUCAUUAGCUGAUCAAUAUGCUGUUGUUAAUAAAUUUUUUAAAUAAA